AUGAUGGGCAGCAAGAUGGUGCCUUCUAGCAUGGUCAUUCAGGUAGUCAAGCCACAUACUCCAUUAAUAACUUUCCCAAACAGAAGAGAUUAUCCUAAACCCAAUGUACCAGAAGUUUUAAGAUCAGCAGGACUACCAUCUCACUCUUCUUCAAUUUCACAGCAUUUUAAGGGAAGUAAAUCACCAGAAUGGCUGAUGCAUCAGGGCCCACCAGGCACUGCACAAAUAAUAAAAACACUACCUUCGAAAUAUAGAAAGAAGCCUAUGUCUCAAGAAGAAAUUGAAUUUAUCCAAUGUGGAAGCCCAGGAUAA